CUUCGUCUCCCUCUCUCGAAGGCGUUAUAUAGAGAGAGACGAAGGAACAACGGCGAGCGUCCGGCCUCCUCAACGAGCGCGGCCACCGUGGUUCGUUCGUACCCUAUCGACACUCCCUCUCUCCCUGCGCACGAACUGACAAUGUAGGCUCUUCCAACAAUUGUAAGCCCUCUUUACUUCCAAGAGCGUGAAGAGUUAUGGCACCUAACCCCAAAGUAAAGGCAGCCUUUGCGGCAAUGAGGGCUAUCGGAAUCAGUGAAGACAAGGUGAAACCAGUGCUGAAGAAACUCCUGAAAUUAUAUGAAAAGAAGUGGGAGCUGAUUGAAGAAGAAAACUAUAGAGCUCUUGCGGAUGCUAUAUUCGAUGAGGAGGAUGAUAAGGUUGAGGUGCAAAAGCGAAAAAGUGCUGCAGAUGAGGAUGACUUGGAGGAAGAAGCUCAAAUGCAUGAGGUUGAACGCCCGUUAAAAAGAUUGAGGUCGAGAAACCAAGAAUCUCAGGGCUUUGCUUCUCCUAGUAAUCAAAACUCUCAAUUAGGCAGAACAUCAUUCCAGCCUAUGGUUGAGCGGCAAGAAAUCCAAUCUUCUUCAGUCCAGCAAAAUAAUAUGAACAAGGGAAAACAACCCAUUUCUCCCAUGGCUUUGGCAGUAAUUGAUAGAAACAACCUGUCACAGCUAUCUAUUACUAAAGUUAGUGAAACAUGUUCAGUAAUGUCCUCCGAUGCUUCUAUCAGAAUCAGAGACAAAGGAAAGGGGCCUCUCUCUCCUCAAUUGAUCGAUAGAAGCUCUAUACCUGAGAGGCCAUGUAAUGAUCUAAAGGAUGAGACUUAUGAUGAUGAUGAGCCCCUAAAUGAAACUCCUAUUGCAACUAUACUUCCAGAUCCAAUCAAUAAAGGAGAUUCUGCACUUGGGAAGGAGAUGAUUGGUGGAAGAGGAGGCACAGCUGUCUGCACAUCAUCAAGUGAGUAUAGGAACGACCAUGAGCUUGCUAACAUUGCAGAGGAAUCUCCUACCAACCUAGAGAUUGCCUCCUCGCCCUUGGGAGAGGACAUUCUCAAUGUUGGAAGCCGUAAAACAAACUCCAUUGUACACAGUAAUGCUGCCAAUGGAUCUCCUGAUGUUCAAGGAUCAAUUGGGGCAGCUGCACCACGAAUUCCAAGAUUGCCGGGGUCUUUAGAUGGUAGCAAUGAUCACUUGAAAAUAAACAAAAACAGUACCGCAAUUGAUUGUGCUGGAAGUCAAAGGAAGCUGUCAGAAGAACAUGGAGACACUGAUUCGCGUAGUCUGGUGGUUUUCUCGAAGAGUCAGUCAACUCCUACUGAUCUGAGGUCUCUCCAUGAUGUCAAUGACAUAGCCAAAGGAGAAGAAAGAGUAAAAAUACCAUGGGUUAACAAGAUCGAUGAUCAGUGUCCACCAUCCUUUCACUACAUACCCCAAAGCCUGGCUUUCUCUAGUGCUUCUCUCAAUUUCUCCCUUUCUGAGAUCAGAAAUGAGAAUUGCUGUUCAUAUUGUUAUGGUGACUGCCUGCCUUCACCGGUACCCUGUGCUUGUGCAUGUGCAAAUGGGGGUGAGUUUAUUUACACUGUAAAAGGUCUUGUAAAGGAAGCCUUUUUGCAGAAGUGUAUUUUUGUCAAUCGGGACCCUAAAAAGAGCCACCACUUGUACUGUCGGGAAUGCCCUCUAGAAAAGUCAAAAGAUUAUGAAUUUUUAAAACCGUGCAAGGGCCACCUGAAGAGAAAAUUUAUCAAAGAAUGCUGGAGAAAGUGUGGUUGUGGUAAACAUUGUGGCAAUCGAGUGGUGCAGCGGGGCAUAAGUUAUAAUUUGCAGGUGUUUAUGACGCCCGAAGGAAAAGGGUGGGGUCUGCAGACACUGGAUGAACUGCCUAAAGGUGCAUUUGUAUGUGAGUACGUUGGUGAAAUAUUAACCACCAAGGAAAUGCACGAGCGAAAUUCAAAGAAGGGCGACGCUGCAAAAUGUACUUAUCAGGUGCUCCUUGAUUCUGAUUGGAGCUCCAUGUGUGUGAAGGAUGAUGAAGCUCUUUGUCUGGAUUCAACAACCUUUGGAAACAUUGCUAGGUUUAUCAACCAUAGAUGUUAUGAUGCCAAUUUAAUUGAGAUCCCAAUUGAGGUGGAGACCCCAAAGCAUCACUACUAUCGUCUCGCAUUAUUCACUGCUAGAAAAAUACAGGCCUUGGAAGAGCUGACUUGGGAUUAUGGUGUUGAGUUUGAUGGCCAUGAUCAUUCUCUCAAUGCAUUCCAGUGUUUAUGUGGCAGUAAAUUCUGUCGAAACGUAAAACGCUCAAACAGUAAGUCUUCGUCUCUCUUUCUCUCUCUCAUCAGGAGAAUGAAGAUCUAAUAAUGAAAAAACCCCACCUAUAGAAUCAGCAUUCCUUAUCCUAAAGGAACAACUAGGGAUAGAGCCCCCAGAUGUGUAUACAAAUAUAAUUUCUGGUGAUAAUCCAAGCAACAACUAAGCACCAAUGGUUCUACCUUGAGUACCCUCCAAAGAGAAGGUUUGGAGGUCCUGUUGCAGUUCUUAUCUUUUUUUUUUUCUUGGAAUAGAUAGCGAUACCGUUGCUGUUUAAAUUAGUUCCUCAUCUGUUGAAAUUAAAGUUAUCUAGGAGAUUUAGCCUUGCAGACGUGUCCAAGAGACUUUGUGGCGAUUCUCCAUCAACUAAAAUUCAGUUUAACAUGCUAAGUUCCCCUUUCUAUAGACAAGGAGAUGGCGAUGUAUACCUGUGCUGGAUUCUUAAAUGUUGCAGGAUAGGCUACUCUUUCUUGAUUUUUGUCUUUAUAAGUCUAAUAGGCACUCCUUUUAGUGUAAUUAUGGCGGGGCAUUCAAAUUAUUGUGCACUAGGUAACUUCUUUACGAUGUUUAUUUUCUCGUGAUAGGCAAAUACAAGAUGCUCCAAUUGGAUAACCCUUCUUGUGAUUUUUGGGCCGUCCUGUUCCAAACAUUGUUUUCUGUG